AUGUGGAGAGAUUGUAAAGGGCCACAAAAAUCUGAACCAUCUUCAAUUUUAUAUAUUCGACGUUUUGUAAUUAUUUUAUCAUUUUUCAUAUUAUUGGGAUCCGUUAUAGUAUUAGUUUUAAAAAUAUCUAAGGAGCAGCCUAAUAUUAGUACUACAUUUAUAUCUGUAGAUAACUUACCCGCCCCAGGUACAAUAAAAUUAACUCAAGUUAAAAUGACCUUAUCAGGACUGCUUUCAAAGUUCAUGUUUAUCACUGCCUCUGCAUCUAAUAGUCCAAAAUUUCACUUCGAAGUUUAUAUGAAACUUGGGCACAUGACAAAUAGAAACUUUUCUAACAAAGUGACUCUUCAGAAUUAUAAUUUACAUAGUUCUGAAGAAUCAAAUGAUAGAUGCUGGGCAGUGACCAUAACAAACUAUGAUGGAACAGAUAAUUGUAAUAAUUAUGUUACGCAACCAGAAAAAAUUGAUGAUGACAAUUACCCUUUUACUGGUUAUUUUUAUCCAAAUAAAAGCAUAAUAUUGCAUAAAUAUGAAGAUGAAAAGGGGCCAUAUUUUGUUUUUCUUGAUAUUAGAAUCGUGGAUUCUAAUUUCCCUAAAAUUAUUAAUGAUUCUACUCAAAUAUCAUCAUUUAGGAUGAUAGCAUACGAUUCAGAAAAUGACUACAAUAUACAGAAUAAACAAUUUGAUUCUGCAUCUCAUCAAAUAACUCCGUUUGAGCAAUCACUUUACUAUAUGAAUAAAUAUACUUUGACAAAACCUGUUCCAAUGAGUCCUUCGAAUACAAAUAAUAUAACAUUACGUGUUAGUCCAAGUAGCAUUAUUGUAAGAGAAGAAAAAGAACAAAGACUUUGGGGAGUUGUACAUUCUGGAUGUUGUGGAUUAAGAAAAUUUAAAGAGAAAACUAAAGAUGAAAUUGAUAAGGAUCUAGAACAAGUGAUAAAAAUUUAUAAAAAUAAUUCGAAUAAUCAAGAUUUUCAAGCAAGUAACCAAGAUUUGCCAGAAAGUGGUCAAGAUUAUCAAGAUUUACGAUUAAUUACAACUAGAAUUGAAGAAUUGGAAAGAUUUAGAUGUUUUAUUGAAAUGAAUGUUAUUAAGACUAAACCAUGGAAAGGUUGA